AUGACUUCGUUCCGCCCACAAAAGCAAAAGAAGGAAGCUUUCAGAUGCUGAAAGCUCUCUAUCCUGCACGGAAAUGCGCACCUCUACGCCGCCGCAUCAACCGCCUGCCGAUGGAGCCUCUGCGGAGGAUGCGGCGGAGCGACGCCUGAGGGAGGCGGAGGAGCGUCUGAAGGAGGCCAUAGAGGAGUUGCAGCGGAGGCAGAGGAGUCCGCCGGAAAAUCUCCAUCCGCCGUGCGAUCACGCCGACGAAUCCUGCGUCGCAAAUGCUGUGGGGAACCUGUGCCAGAGCUUUUUGCUAUCGUACGGAAUUCGAGUUGGCAUCGGAAUCCUCCUUCGCGCCUUUAAGCUCGCGCGCCUCAAGUCCUAUUCAUCUCUCCUCGAUCUCAAGCAACUUGUAUCAGAGAAAGAUCUUAUUGUAAGAGAGGAAGCAUGCCGAAUUGGACUGCUUUUUGGGGGAUUCACUGGUUCCUACCAUGCUCUGAGAUGUUUGUUCAGAAAACUAAGAAAGAAAGAGACCCCUGCAAAUGCAAUUUUAGCAGGUGCAAUAUCUGGUUUGUCUAUUUUAUCAUUAGAUGAUUCCAGCCGAAGGCGCACCCUGGCUUUAUAUCUAUUGGCUAGGCUUGCUCAGUGUACAUAUAACUCAGCCAAAUCCAAGAAUAAAUUCCACCUCUGGGGAAGUCAUUGGAGUCACGGGGAUACUCUACUCUUUUCACUGGCUUGUGCACAGGUUAUGUAUGCCUUUGUUAUGCGCCCUGAGAGCUUGCCAAAAUCAUAUCGAGAUUUUAUUCAGAAAACUGGGCCAGUUGCUGCACCUGUUUACAAAGCUGUGAGGGAGUGCUGUAGAGGUUCUCCUGUUGAUAUUGCCUCACUAUCUGCUUACUUGUCGAGUAGAAAGAGAAAUUUUGUAGGGAAGUUGGACGAGUUUCCUGCUAUUAUUCCGUGCUCUAUUAUUCACCCUGAUACAGAGUCAUGCUUAGUUCACAAUGCAAACGCAGCAUCGGCUACCUUCAGGAAGACGUUUCCUUUAUACUUCUCUUUGACCUUCGUUCCAUUUGUUUUCCUGCGCCUGCAGAAGUUCAUGGAUGCUCCGGUUCGUACAUGUUGGCAUGCUGUCACAGGCGGUGUUCGUUCAACUACAUUCUUGUCUUCUUUUGUUGGUAUUUUUCAGGCAGCAAUAUGUAUGCAUCGGAAAGUGGCAGUAAAGGACCACAAGCUUGUAUAUUGGCUCGCUGGAGGGAUGGCUGCCCUCUCUGUAUUAUUGGAGAAGAAAGCUAGGCGGGGAGAAUUGGCUUUAUACGUUCUUCCUCGGGCUGCAGAUUCUUUGUGGUAUAUUUUGGUGAAUCGACAUUUGCUUCCAGAUAUCAAGAAUGCUGAGGUGGCUCUGUUCUGCGCAUGUAUGGGCGGAAUCAUGUAUUACCUAGAACAUGAACCGGACACGAUGGCUCCAUUCCUUCGAGGUUUGAUUCGUCGCUUCCUCACGAGCAGAAUUAGCAACCCGGGCUCACCCUCCACUCGAAAUGCGUCCUACACAUAUCUGCAUACAUUCGAUGCCAUAAAGAAACCGCAGGCGCAAGACAACGGAGACACUGAUACCACAUCCUCCUCCGAAAAAUACAACCUUGAAUCAAUACCUGGGCUCUGAGUAUCCUUUUUCACAUUGCUCAGCCAACACUGAUGUCCAUCGAGAAAUUGACUUCCGGCGCUGAUUACAUUAUCGGUAUGAUUUGAGUAAUUGUUCAAUACAUUAUUAUCGUCACCCCGGCCAUGAGAGUUGAAAGGAAUUUCAGGUUAGCCGUAUGAGUGUAAAUAAUCACACUGCUGCAUUUCUACAUUUCUAAAUUUGUGACUAGCUCGGCGAUUCGAAUGAUGAUUUUAAGUUUUCGCCUUAGCCCAGCUCAUUUGGUACUAUUGUUGUUCU